AUGAUUUUUUUUCUUGAUAGCUCCUUUCAUCUAUAUUCAUAUUUUCAUUGCCUUUUACGACAUUUUCUUUUUGCCCUAUCUAUUUCGUUCUGUAUUUUUAAUACAAUUAGAUUUGCCGCUUUUCUUUUUUCCCGCCUUUACUCUUUUUAUACAUUUUCUUCUUUCCCGCCUUUACGAUUUUUACACAUUUUCUUUGUCCCGCCUUUAUUUUUUUACACAUUUUCUUCUUUCCCGCUUAUAUUCUUUUUAUGGAUUUUCUUUUUCCCGCCUUUAUCCAUUUUAGUAAUUUUUUCCCGCCUUUAUUCUUUUUACACAUUUUCUUUUUUUCCCGCCUUGAUUCUUUUUCCCGCCUUUACUCAUUUUACAUAUUUUCUGUUUCCCGCCUUUGCUCGUUUUACACAUUUCCUUUUUCCCGCCUUUAUUCUUUUUACAUAUUUUCUUUUCCCGCCCUUACGCUUUUUACACAUUUUCUUUUUUCUCGCCUUUACAUUUUUACACAUUUCCGUUUUCCCGCUUUAUUCAUUUUACACAUUUUCUUUUUUCCGCUUUUACACUUUCUUUGUUACUCAUUUUCUUUUUUUACCGCUUUUACAUUUUAUACAUUUACUUUUUUCCCGCCUUUACUCUUUUAACCUUGCUUUCCUCUUUCCCGUCCUUAAUAUUUUUAUACUUCUUCUUCUUCUUCUUCUUCUUCUUCUUCUUCUUCUUCUUCUUCUUCACUUUUGA